CCACUCUAUUCGAGCCGUUUUUUUCCCUUUUCUAAGGGAAAUCUAUUUGGCUUCACUCUCCAGAGUUCCCCAGGACCAGGACCCAGACCCGGGCAAAUAUUGGACGUGUGUAUUGCGAAUCCUCCAGGGUAUGUACAUGUAGUACUUAAAAAUUCCGUAUAACCAACUUCCAUAUUUUACCGGACAUUCAACGGAUCACAUGAGGUCAACUUUGCCAUCGAUAUCAGUGUCUGUUGCACCUGUACCGUUGUCACUGGACCCUGCACGACGGAGCGCCUAGAAGUGUUGACUAAGCGAAGGAGAGACCUCAGCUCUCAAGUCUCUCUCGUUGGUAGUCAGCGAUGAGCGGACUGGUUUUGGAUCAUCUUCGCAUAAAAGCCAGCUUCGUACUGUAAGACGCCUUCACAAUGCCCAACGAAAUGUGGUCCUUCAUCGACAUCCUUGCUUCCGCUUUCCUCGUCGCUCAUCUCGCCUUUGCGCAGACUGUCACAACGGACCUUUACUCAUCCCUGAUCCCUUCCAAGGUUUUGGCCACCGCAAACAAGUUGAAUAACCAGUUCCCUCAGUAUACCGACUCGACCGCAGGAGUUUGGCAGUUGUUCAGUGCGGACACCUGGACCUCUGGAUUCUUCCCCGCCACGCUGUAUGCGCUGGAAACACGCCAGAGCCUGUGCGAGGCGACCUCUGCGAAUGGGCUAAACGCGGCGGAUUGGGCCGAACUGGGACGGCAGACAAGCGCUGGGUUGGCCCCCCUGACGACGAGCAAUAGUGUUGGACACGAUGUGGGGUUUUUGAGUUUCCCGUAUGUGGAGGAACUAAGCAUCCAUCCAGACAACACCACAGCGGCUGACAUUGUGAAUGGCUUUGCGACAUAUCUGGCUGGACGAUUCAAUCCUACUGUGGGGUGCACGAGAAGUUGGGAUUCGUCUGAUCCUACGGAUUUCGUGGUGAUUAUUGAUAAUAUGAUGAACCUCAAUGUCCUCAUGGUCUCUGCCCAAUUAACCGGGAACUCGACGUUGAGAGACAUCGCUACUUCGCACGCCAACACGACCAUGAAAAACCAUAUACGAGACGAUGGUUCGACGUGGCACGUAGUAGAAUAUAACGCCACAACGGGUGCCGUUAUAGACAAAAUAACAAGCCAAGGAUAUGCUGACAAUAGCACAUGGAGUCGCGGACAAGCCUGGGCGGUAUAUGGAUAUGCAAAUAUGUACAAUUGGACUGGGGACAGCAAUUAUCUGGUGACAGCCCGCCAUGCAGCUACAUAUUUCCUCGACACUCUUCCUUCUAAUGGAAUCGUACCAUGGGAUUUUAACGCUCCAGUGGAGAAUCGUCCAGCGGAUUCUUCUGCAGCCACAAUCGUGGCAACUGGUCUUCUGUUACUCUCCAAGGUUGAGACCGAUCCCACGAACAGUACAAAUUGGUCUACUGCUGCUAUCAGUAUUUUGAACAAUAUCACGUCGCUAGCUUGGGAUCCUUCCUGGGAAAGUUUACUGGCGAAUGGGACGGUGAAUAAGCCUGCGAACAACUACCUGACUGGGACCGUUUAUGGAGAUUACUAUUACAUCGUUGCCGGCAAUGAGCUCAUUUCGAUGGGCCUCGCGAACUGCACGACACUCGCAACCACCAACACCAACACUACCAAUACUAACACCACUUCCCCAUCCUUACUUCCCUUUCUCCUUAUUUUGAUACCCUUACUGCUACUUAAAUCUACUGACUUAUGCUACGUCUGGCUGGUACCGCCUUGUUCUGCAGUGAAAUUAUUGAAAAAUUCGACCACAGGUUGAUUCUCUCUGC